AUGGCAGGCCAAGCUCAUGACGAUCCCGCCGGGGGCUCCGGUGAGGAGAUCCAGCCUUAUCGCAUUCGUGUCUCGAGCAAGUAUCUCGACAUCACCCGCCAGAAGCUCGAGCUUACUCGGCUGCCUCAUGAACCCCGCUCAAAGGACUGGUGGGAGCCGAAACCCCAGGUUGAAACAUUGGUCGAUUACUGGCAGGAACAAUAUUCGUGGCCGGACCACGAAGAGGAGCUUAACGCGACGCUCCCUCAGUUCAGAACCAGCUUCCAGACAUCUACUCCGCCGUCGCCUGUCCGGAUUCAUUUCAUUCAUGCCCGCUCGCCUCACGCGAAUGCGGUCCCUCUUCUCUUGAUACCCCCUUUUCCUCUGACCAACCUAUCUCUUGGACAUCUCGUACGACCGCUGAGUGACCCUGAAGAUGCUGGGUCAACACAACCCUUUCAUCUGGUGAUUCCAGCUUUGCCCGGCCUGGGUUUCAGUGACCCCCUCCCCGGCAACGCUCCUCCGAUUUCUUCGACAGUGCAGAUGCUGGAUGCUCUGAUGAAGAGACUGAACUAUCCUCUCUACGUCGCUAGCAACGCUGGUUCCGCCUCGGCUUCUCCCGCUGGGAUCGACUGGAGACUAGCAAAGCAUUUCUCGCAUCACUAUUCAAAGUCGUGUUUGGGCUUUCACUUUAUUGCGCCCCCGCUAAGCGCUCCCAAGCUCAAGGACUCAGCCAGUGAAUGGUUCAAGUGGACAGUCGCCCGUGCCUUAACCUCUGGUGUUCUUGGCUACUCCAAGGACGACAUCACGGCGACGGUGAAACAGAAGGCAUCGCAAGUGGGAAAGGAGAAGUCUGUCAGCAACAUUGGCCAAACAGGCCACAGCAACUUUGAACCCAACACGCCGGCAUAUGCUCUAUGCGACUCGCCUACAGGUCUCCUGCUCUAUGUACUCAAGGUCCUCCGAACACUGGGUCCGAAGACGGAGCUCACACACAAGGACAUCAUCACCCUCACACAACUUAUAUGGCUCCCCGGUCCUGAAGCUGCCUUGCGAUUCUGGGCUCAGAGCGCAUCCGAUUUUGAGCCCGUGGAGACAAAGAAGCCGACGCUAAAGCCAAAGGUUGCGAUCACAGUGUUCACGGGUGAUGAGGACCAAAAUGAGCAACAAAGGACGCUUCCACGACCUGCAAAGACGGCAUACGCCUGCCCCAGCUGGGCAAAUCCGGAAUAUCAGGUCGUACAUAUGAACCGAGCCUCUGGCUCUGUUGGAUUCUUGUCCUGGGACCGACCAGAGGUGAUUGUGGAUGGAGUCAGGGGUCUAGCGAAGGCCAUAUUGGCCAAAGACAAGAGAAUGCAAGCUUCAGAACAACCGGGAGCUACACUUGAAAACCAGCUUGAAGUCAACGGAGAUCGGACAGCUCAAGCAGACCUCUCUGGGACGACUGUGCAGGAUCCUAAUGCCACCCCGGCUGGAGCAUCUCCCAAGCCUGCAACAAAGAAACCACUUGAGGAUGAGAACCAACACCUCGUUCCUCCGCCAGUCCCGGCGCAUGGAGGAAGCUCUCAGUAA